AUGAACCGGAGCAUUUCUGGGCCGUCGCUUUCGGCAGGCAAGUCCAACUUGGGAAGCUCUCUGUCCCAGAAUGCCUCCACGAUCGACCUCUCGACGGUGGAUCGCGAGAGCCUCCCUCUCGGGGUCACGCGGCUCUACGGCAAGCGCAUGAAGCUGGAUGUCAGGUCGAACCCGGCCAUGAUCGACUUGAGAAUGAAUUACCGAAAUCUCCUGAACGAGUUCAAGGUUCACCACGGCAAGAUCGUGUCCAAUCAGUUUGUCUUGAUGAAGCCGCGGCCCAAAGCUGCUUUGAACAAGCCGAAGGCAUUGGAGUACCCGGAGGGUGUGAACAAGGCGCUCUUCCGGAAGGUCGCGCAGAUGCGGGCCAAGGCCAAAGAGGAGGGCGGGCCUCUGUCGCCGAAGAGCGCUCGGAGCGGCAAUGACGACCUGCUCCCCGUGGAGGAGGACGUCGACGAGGACGGCAGUCCGCGAAGCAAGCCGGACCCGACUCUUCAGAAAGAGGUUCGGGAGAUCGCCAGGAAUGCCAAGGUUCAGGCCACACACUCGUCCAUGGAGUACCCGCCGAACAGCGGCAACGGCG